UUCUAUAAAUAGGAACCGAACCAGCCAUCGACAAACAACAAUAAAACCCUUGAGAGCUGACUCUAUAAUAAAGCCAUAUAUGGAAGCUCAAACCUACUUCUUGGUUAUUGCCUUAUCCCUCUUCAUUCUACUGAAUUGGCUUGCAAAAUAUCUCAAGCUAAAACCUAAUGUUGCUCACAAACUUCCCCCUGGUCCAAAAAAGCUACCUCUCAUAGGAAACAUGCAUCAACUAGCAGUAGCAGGUUCACUCCCACAUCGUGCACUUCAAAAACUUGCUCAUAUAUAUGGACCUCUCAUGCACCUCCAACUUGGUGAGAUUUCUGCAGUGGUUGUAUCCUCCCCCAACAUGGCCAAGGAAAUAACCAAAACCCAUGAUGUUGCUUUUGUGCAGAGACCACAAAUCAUUUCUGCACAAAUCUUGUCUUACGGGGGAUUAGAUGUUGUUUUUGCUCCAUAUGGCGAUUACUGGAGACAAAUGAGGAAGGUGUUCGUGUCAGAACUUCUCAGUGCCAAGAGGGUUCAGUCUUUCUCUUUUAUUAGAGAAGACGAGACAGCAAAAUUUAUAGACUCGAUUCGAGCAUCGGAAGGUUCACCAAUCAAUCUCACUAGAAAAGUUUUCUCACUGGUAAGUGCUUCUGUUUCCAGGGCAGCAAUUGGUAACAAAUCUAAGGACCAGGAUGAGUUUAUGUAUUGGCUUCAGAAAGUAAUAGGAUCGGUUGGAGGAUUCGACCUUGCUGAUUUGUUUCCUUCAAUGAAAUCCAUACAUUUCAUAACUGGGUCGAAGGCCAAAUUGGAGAAGCUGCUGAAUAGGGUUGACAAGGUGUUGGAAAACAUUGUCAGAGAGCAUCUAGAAAGGCAAAUAAGAGCAAAAGAUGGCAGAGUUGAAGUAGAGGACGAAGAUCUUGUUGAUGUUCUUCUCAGAAUCCAACAAGCUGACACUCUCGACAUCAAAAUGACGACUAGGCACGUCAAAGCUUUGAUAUUGGAUGUAUUUGCUGCUGGAAUCGAUACGUCAGCAUCAACACUAGAGUGGGCAAUGACAGAAAUGAUGAAAAAUUCAAGAGUAAGGGAAAAAGCACAAGCUGAACUAAGAAAAGUAUUUGGAGAGAAGAAAAUAAUUCAUGAAAGUGAUAUAGAGCAGCUUACUUAUUUGAAGUUGGUGAUCAAAGAGACAUUAAGACUACACCCACCUACUCCUUUAUUGAUCCCUAGAGAAUGCUCUGAAGAAACCAUCAUUGGUGGUUAUGAAAUACCUGUCAAAACUAAAGUGAUGAUAAAUGUAUGGGCAAUUUGCAGGGAUCCCAAAUAUUGGACUGAUGCAGAAAGGUUUGUCCCAGAAAGGUUCGAGGAUAGUUCUAUUGAUUUCAAAGGGAAUAACUUUGAGUAUCUUCCAUUUGGGGCAGGAAGGAGAAUUUGUCCAGGCAUCACAUUUGGUUUAGCAAGUAUUAUGCUUCCAUUGGCUCAAUUACUUUUGCAUUUCAACUGGGAGCUCCCAGAUGGGAUGAAACCUGAAAGUAUAGAUAUGACAGAACGCUUCGGAUUGGCUAUUGGGAGGAAACAUGAUUUGUGUUUAAUUCCCUUUGUUGAUAAUCUUUGAGUGCAUGAUUGACAUGCCCAUGUUUAUCAACCGCACUUUCAAGUGUGAAUUCCCUUUGUUUUGAAGUGAUAUCAUAUAUAUUUUAUACUUUGAAAAAAUAAAUUCUAAAUACUAUUUAACACCUAGAGAUAUAAAGAGAAAAAUGAGAAAAAUAUAAAUAUGUUAGGUGAUGUAGUAUGUUAGAAAAAAUGUCUAUAUGUAAUCUAUACUUUUUAAACAUGAUUGAAAUAAUAAUGAAUCGUUUUCCGUUCUAGCAUAUAUAA